AUGAAUGUGCUCAUCUACAACGACGCCGGCGUAUCCGAAGCAUCAGUCAAAGGGAUUGCACGCUGCCUGAAGAUCCUGCUGGCGACGACGCACGACGUGCUCACUGUGAAUGCUCAUACGAUCGCAAAUGAUCCUUGGCAGGCGAGCACUUCGCUGCUCGUCAUCCCAGGAGGCAGAGAUCUCCCUUUCACCCAACGGCUGAAUGGCAAAGCAAAUGCAUGUAUUCGGCAGUGGGUAGAAGCCGGCGGUAGCUACCUCGGGAUAUGUGCAGGCGCCUACUUUGCGUCCGCGCACGUCGACUUUGAGGCUGGCUCUGCACUCGCCGUCAAAGGUGACAGAGAGUUGAGCUUCUUCGGCGGCACUUGCAAGGGGGCAGCCUUUCCCGGCUUCGUCUACGAAAGCGAGAGUGGCGCACGUCAUGUACCCGUUGCGCUCAACCAGGUUCACUGGAGCCGAGUCUGGUCAGACGUGCCUUCCCAAGCCGAGGUCUACUGGAAUGGCGGCGGCACCUUCCAAAUCUCCGAGAGCACGUCCCGUGCGACUGUUCUAGCAACCUACUCCGAACUUGACAAUGCACCGGCGGCCGUACUUUGCCACGUCGGCAAAGGCAAGGCACUUCUAUGGUCUGCACAUCCAGAAUAUGCCACCCGCACAGACAUGACCGACGAUCGGGUAGCACCCUUGAUGCUACCCACGCUCCUUUUGCUCGGUAUAGAGGUUGCUGAAGGUACCAGCACGCCUGCACCGCCAGUCUACUGUGUACAACAUCUGAUGAGCAACCAUAUGCUCGGCGUAGUAUCGAUCACGUCCGACAUACAAAGGGCGUUUGGUGAUGAAACGAUGUUGCGAGAUACGACAGACGUCUUUCGCAUCGUAGGCAGUGGCGAGCCAAACGAUUUUUUGCCGUUUGUCGGACAUCACGGUCGGCCAGAUUACCAGUGCGUACGGGCAUGGCUGCAAGGAAGCGUGCCACCGCUCUCGGUCACGCCUCUAUUCGAUUUCUCGGCCUAUUUUGCCGCACUCACUCGUAGGCGGCUGAGCUUGCUUGGUCGUGUCGUGCUGUAUGCGGAAACGCUGUCGAGCACCCAGACCACGCUCGACAAGAAUCCGAAAUGGCUCAAGGCCAUGCCGAGCGGACUCGUUUCGAUUGCGUCCCAUCAGACCGCGGGUAGAGGCCGCGGUGGCAACGCAUGGAUCUCUCCAGCCGGCUGCUUGCAAUUCUCGCUCGUCUUGCGAACGGGCAAAAGGUCAGCUCCCAGGCUGGUGUUCCUGCAAUACAUGGUCGCACUAGCUAUCGUUGAGGGCAUACUGGACCUCCCAGGCUGCAGCGACCUUCCAGUGCGCCUGAAAUGGCCAAACGAUCUCUAUGCGGACAUGGGCGUCGACGCACCUGUUCGGUACCAGAAAUUGGGCGGCAUUCUUGUCAACUCGAGCUUUGCCGAUGACGACUUCACUCUCAUCGUCGGCUGUGGGAUUAAUGUCUUCAAUGAAAGGCCAACAACUUCAAUAUCUGCUUUGCUCCGAAAGCACAAUCUUAGCGUCGCCGCGACGAUUACCAUGCCGGAAGUUUUGGCAGCAAUACUCUGCAAAAUCGAGGCGAAAUGGGAUUUCUAUUUUUCUCUCUGGCGGCCUCUCGAGCCUUUUAUACAAGCUUACACGCAGCAUUGGCUUCACACCGACCAAAUUAUCACCCUCGAAGAGACGGGUCAGCGCCUACUCAUCAAGAGUAUCACGCAAGAUUAUGGUCUGCUCCAUACUGAAGUCAUGGAUGGAAGAGAGAGGACGCCGGCGGCAGCUUUCGCAGAUUUGCAGCCCGAUGGCAAUUCAUUCGACAUGUUACGCAAUCUCGUUCGACGGAAGACAUGA